AAUGAAAUUAGGUACAUGUACAGAGUGGUUAUUCUUUCAUAUUUGGAAAAAAAAUCCAAAAACUGGACAUAGUUGUGAUGGAAUUUUUGUUGCAGAUUCAAUAAUUUAUAGAUGGGCUCAACCAUACUUUAGUAAGUUCUAUAUUAUAUUAUAAUUUAAGGAUAUUUUACUGUGUAAGAUGGUCAAAUUAUUAGGAAAACCAAGGAGAGAGUAUUUAUAGAUUAAGUUGAAAGUUCAUUUAAAUAAGAAAAUACAGUUGCUUAAUUAAUGACAAGUCAGGUAUAAUUAAAAAUUAUUUAUACUUAAGAUGUAAAAUAAAUCAUAAGAGAUUAUUACAUUUGAAUAUUUAGAUUAUGAGAAUUUCAAAAUAUUUCUUCAUUAGAGAGAAAAGGAUUUAAAUUUAGUCCUUUAAAAGUAAGAAUAAUUUAUUAAGAAGAUUUAUAUACCCUAAAAAUGAUCAAAAUUCUUUGAUAAAAGUUACUUGGUCACCUUAAUUUUGUUUAGUAAUGAGGAAGACCAAUAUAAAUAAAAUGAAUGAUUUGAAGAAAACCCAAGUAGAAAGAGUUGCUACAUUUGAUGGACCAGAGUAUUUAAUAUAAGCAGAUUCUAUAAAUUCUCCACUAUUAAGUGCGGAUUUAGAAUAAUUAUGUGUGAAUAUUGUAAAACACAUUUUAGAAGUAUCAGGUGGGAACAUUUAAAUAAUAAGAAUGGUCUUAUAUUUUAAAGUUGAUUAUGAAAAUAGAAUAUGGCUACUUUUUUGUACUAAUAUUAAGGUGAAGGAUAAGUUUAAUGAUAUAAUGCAAUAGCCAAGAGUUUUUUCUCCUAUUUUUAGAGUUUUAAGAAAGGAUUAAGAACCUGUUUCAUUUGCUAAAGAAUAAGCUUAAACAGUUAUUAAAAUUAAUAAUUAAGGGGAAAUGCAAUCUCUUCUUUAUUAAUUCAAAAAUAUUUGUAGUAAUUGUGAUAGAUUCUCUCAUUAAUUAUAUUAAUUAAAAUUAUAGUUCAUUAUUGAAAGCUUUAAAUAAGUAUUAAUAUAAAAUAUAAGAAUUUAGUGAAGAAAGAUUUUACUAGAUUGCCAGAGGAACUAGAAAAAAUUAAACUAAAAUAAGAUUAAUAAAUUCCAAAAGUUACUUACAAUAGAAACAUUAAAAUAAGAUAAAAGUAAAUUCUUAAAGAAGGUAAUAUAAUCAUAUAAAUUUAGAAUACGAAGUUAAAAAUGAAUUUUAAAAUGAUUUUCAUGCAAAUACUAUUUUAGUUGAAAAAAAAAAAAUAUGUUAAAAUAAAAUGACUGAGGAUGAAUUAUAUACAUAAAUUAAAGAAUUAGUAUAAUUAUUAAAUGAGGAAUAAGAAGAUUAAAAAUUUAAUUUUAAUCAUAUACCUCCUUUGAUUUUAAAAGUUUGGGGUAAAAUUAAUGAAGAAAAAUAUUAAUAAUUACAGCAUAAUUAAAGUUGGAAAGAUUUAACAACUUAAGUUUGUUUGGAUUGUUUUUUGUAAUAUACAUAAUGUUGUGAAUAAACUUAAUCUGAAAGAAAAGCGUAAUAAUUUAUUCAAUUAAUUUUAGACAAAUCAUGUCUUAAAAGUUAAGGAAGUUAGUAAAUGCUAAAGAAGAGAAUGAAAAAGAGAAACUUCUUUUAUCUAAUACAAGUUUGAAUGGUAACAGGCUAACCUUUAAUCAAUUGCCAAAUCUUCCAUCUAUUUCAGAAUUACCUAUAGAUAAAUAAAAAAGAUUGUCAAGAAAAUCAUAAAAUUAAACAACUUAUGAAAUUACAACCAAAUAAUUAGAAUAAACUCCAUAAAAAAUAUCUUAACCUUAGGUCUAAACUAUUAAUAAAUUAUAAUUAACUCAUCAAUCAUAAUAAUCCAAUUAAUCUAACUAAUUACCUCCAUAAACUGUGAUUCCUAGUACCACUUUAUCAAAUAAAUAUUUUUAAUUAUAAAGAUAGUCUUCCAGUUAAAUAAACUAAUUAAAAUUAAAAAUUCCUAGUACAUAAAGAGUAUUAUCUUAUUUAAAUAUAGAUAUAUCAAAAUAAAUAAGGUUUAAACAUUUCUGCAAAUAAAUCAAUACAAUCUAAAUCAUCCAGAUCUACUCUAGAUCAAUCAAAGAUUUCUUUUGAUUUUAUGAUAAAUACAGUGACUUAAUUGAAGAGGAAACUUGAAGAACUUGAAUAGGAUGAAAAAUAAUAAGAUAAAUAAAAACUUUGA